AUGGGGCUCCGGAAGUCCAAGCCAGAAGCCCUGGGUGCCUCAGACCCUGAAACUCCGGAGGAGGAGCCGCCCAGCCACCUCGAGCUGGCUAGCACAGAGGCGGCAUCGCUUCUGGCGCAGCAAAGGUUGGCCGAGGCAGCUGAUGUCCUCUUCCAAAGCCUCCGUGCACUGGAGGAUCAGACCGAACUGCUCAGCGGCAGGGAGCUUGUGGCACUGGGCACAGCGCUGUCUGCAGCCUGCACGACAUUGGCCUGGGUCAGCCCUCCGCUUUCGCCCCAGAGCGUGCAACUGGCCUUCGGAGCCUCGGCGCUGGUAGCGAGGUUGGCGAUGCGAGUGGUUCGCGACCGCCCCGAAGAUCUCUUGAGCCCCAUCCUCGACCACCUCCAACUCUUUGGUGGGCCCUUCCUCUAUGAGGGGAGCCGAGAGCCAGAAGCGAAUAAGAAGUGGCAGAAGAAGCCCUCGCUUGCCCUUGGCCUGCCAGGUGAACGAGCUUCCAGCCGAGCACCGACACGUCUGGGCGGAACUGGCUGCCAGGUGUUCGAUGUCCGAUCUCUGGACCUCCCAGUAUUUCAUGCAGCAUCUCCAGAGCCUGCUGGCUGCCGGCCCCUCAAAAGCCAUCAGGGCUUCACUGCACUAUUUGCACUGCAGUAUAUGUUUCAGGUUUUGGGGGAUAGCCGUGACCUCCGUGAGGUCUGGCCACUGCUCUCGGAGCCGACGGCCGCACUCUUGGCGGCAUCACUGCAGGCCUCCUGCGAGCUCGCGCCCAGCGCGCCGGGCACGCCCGGCACCUCGCUGUUGGAGCGCGUACUCCGCUUCCAGCAGGCGACUACGGGAAUGCGGGAAGCCGCCGGGAAAGCCUUUGAGUUUGUUCGUUUCCGGUGCCUGUCGUCUGUGGUCCACGAGGCCUGGCCAAAGGAUGCCAAAAGCUGGGAGUGGCAGCGCCCCUCACUGGCGCUGUUGACCUCGGGAAGGCCACUGACGCCAGCGCACUGUUUGGCUGCCUUCAUGUUAUCCCGGCUUCCUAUCAAAGCUGCUUUGAGCGCAUGCUUGGCGAGAGACUCUGGGUUUCUGGCACAGUGCACCUUCACUGCUGCACUGGACGUAUGUGAGCCGGGGCAGCAUGUGGAGCUGGUAGCCGGGCUGUGCGAGACCCUCGUGUCCGAGCUCUUGCCCGUGCGGCUCCUGGAUGUGGCAGCUGCUGAUCUGGAGAGCCACCGACUGAGCGCCCUCUGCCAGGUGCUGGUGCCUCGAUUCUGCUUGGCCAUCGGAAAGUGUGCUGCUGCAUUGGCAGAAGAAGUACAAGUGACAAGGUUCGCAGCACCGCUGGAGCAGUGGACACUGGCCGUGAGCAGUCAUGCAGCUGCCAGAGCUUCAGGGCCAGCGAGGCGAUGGUUCACCACCUCCGUUUUCUUCGCCAUCGCCACCAUAGCCCGAGAGGCCAAAAUUCAACAACUGGGAUCUCGAGUGCUCUUCAAACUGCUGCGGGCCAUGAGCUGUGUCGACAUGUUCCGAGAAGACAGCCAGGAAUAUCGUGCCAUUUGCUUGUCCAUCGUUGAAUGCGGUUGUGCUCAAGGUGAUGAUUUCCACAGAGCAAUGCUGGACGAGCUCAGUGAGUUGGAAGCCACGAAGAACACAGCCGGUGUCUACAAGAAACCGAUAAACUCAAGACUUCACUUCUGGCUGGGCAUGCUGGCAACGCCAAGCAUUCUCGAGAACGCGAUGUUCUUUCCCAUUGCUUGGACGCCCAUCGUGCGAAUAUCAAGGACAGGAGAACUUGCAAUCGCUGCAAGAGCUGUAGCCCUGGCCGCCAUGGCUAUUGAAAGCCACAAACAGCGGAGCAGCGACAGAGAGCCGGAGGUUUGGCAGGUGUUGGAAGCUGGGCUGGACGGCUUCGCAGUGGCAGAAGGUGAUGAAAUGCUGGAACCUUUGCACAGCCUUGUGGAGAUCAUCAUGGCGGAACAGGCCGGUGGAAAGCAGGCUCUGGACUCGCAUCGCGACUUGUUGAAAUCUCUGGCGAGACGAGUGCUCGAGCAUCAAGAAGUUCCUGCCUCGACCAAGCCGUUGGGAUUUUUCGGGCUCUUCUGUACAGCUGCCCGAAGUCUGGACCCCUCCUUAUCAGAAGCUGUCUUCACAGACGGACGUUUGGGGGAGCUCCUGGCUGAGCCUUCUCGCAGAGAGCUUUGGCUUCGACACUUGGCCGCGCGCUUUCCUGAAAAGCCGCGUGCGGAGCUUGUGCGGGGGACGCACAGCGCCCGGUCCUUGGCUCGGCGCUGUGAGGUCUGCGCUGGAAGCCACUGGAAGCCACCCAGACUAGCACAGAGGGACUCGCCGCUCCGUGCAUUUCUUCUGGAGGCACCAGCAGUUCCGCCGGGUGAUGUGAUGAAAGUUUGGUCAGUUCUCUGCGUUCUCAGCGCUGUCUACUCUGCUGAAGGUGACCGGCUGAGACGCCGCGUCCACGCCCACGCAAGCCGCUCGACAUCAUGGGAAUCGGAACCCGUUGCUGUUGAAUUCUUCGUGAUGUCCAAAUGUCCUGAUGCCAAGCUUUGCGAGCAGACAUUUCUUCCAGUCUUGCAGAACUUGGGCAAGUUGGUUUCGGUAAACUUCACCUACAUCGCAGACGCCACUCCAUCGCAGGGUCCCGGACAGCGAUCGAUACAAUGCAUGCACGGGCCGGGUGAGUGCCUGGGAAACAUGCAACGCCUUUGUGUUCAAAAGGCGUCGCGAAAAGAGGCCAGGCUUCUGCAUUUCGCCAUGUGCCAGGACGCCGGAGUAGUGCCUGACGACGGCAAGGCCUGCGCAGUGGCCGCGGGCUUCAACGCAGAAGAGAUCGAGGCGCUGCAAGCUUGCUGGUCUGGUCAAGAGGACCUGCUGAGUGCAUCCGCAGAGCGCGCGACGGCUCUCUCCAUCAAAACCUCCUGCACGCUCAGGGUUGAUAGCAAGGUUUUCUGCGUUCACGACGGGGAUUGGAAAGACUGUGGGAGCUGCGGGACAGAUAAGGCUGCCUGCCUCAAAGCCAAGGUCUGUGAGCUGUCCGAUCACCACCUGAAGAGCAAGCAUUGCGAAUAG